AAAAUUGUUUUAGUUAGAAAAUCUUUUAUUUUAUAUUAUAAGAAUUUUCGUCACGAGUUCAUAGCCCAUCGCCCAAAAGCUUAUAUGGCUCAUUUUUAAUGAAAAUUUGUGGAUCAAAGCACCCAUCUAAUGUUACUAGACAUAACUUAUAAGUAUUAGAAACGUUAGUCUUCAUGACAUAAGUUUUGUAGUAAUUAAGUUAUGUCUUUUACGACAUAACUUAUGAGUAUUGAAACUGAAGCUUUAUCUCUAUCAAUAUUAUGUAUGAACUAAAUUAUUCUUUUUUACAAUAUUUUUUAUGGCCAGUGGAUUCUAAAUGAAUUUUUAUCUCUAUCGACAUAAACUCCAUAGGAUUUAAGCGAUAAAGUUUGAGUUUACGAAAAUAUAAACUCGUGCGGAAUGGACAAAGAUUAAAGCCCAUCUCCAUCUUAAUAGCGGGUCAAAUAAAAAGCCCAAAUCCUAAAACCCCAGCAAUUGUGCAGCCAAACCCUUCUUCUUCCUCCUCCUCGUCCUGUAGAUUUGCUUUUUGCUGUAUUUUCGUUGUUGUUGCUUCAGUGAAUUAAUCAAUUCUAAAAUGUCGUCGUUCAAGAAUGCAAUUCCUAGACGAGCUCAUAAGGAGCGAGCUCAGCCACAAGCAAGGAAAAAAUUCGGGUUGCUUGAGAAACACAAAGAUUAUGUGGUACGGGCGACAUCAUUCCACAAAAAGGAGCAGACUUUGCAGAAACUCAAGGAAAAAGCAGCAUUUCGAAAUCCAGAUGAGUUCUACUUCAAGAUGGUUAAAACAAAAACUGUUGAUGGAGUGCAUAAAUUGGAGAGCCAAGCAAAUAAAUACACUCCAGAGGAACUCAUGUUAAUGAAGACUCAGGAUAUAGGCUAUAUUUUACAGAAAGUUCAGAGUGAGAAAAAGAAAAUUGAGAAGUUAACUGCCAUGCUGCACUCCCUUGAUAAUAAGCCAUCAAAUAAACGUGUCUACUAUGCUGAGGACAGGGAGGAAGCAGAAGAGUUAGCGUCUAAGGCUUCAGAACGUGGUAAUCUGGCUGCUUCUGAGAACUUGCCUAGCAGUAUUAGAAGCUUGUCAACUUUUUCAUCAUUGGAAUCUCCUGCGCAGAAAGACAGCUACAUCUUACAGAGAGUUGGAAGCAAGAAAGAGCAGAGUCAGAGAUUUAGAGAAAGUAUACAUGGAUAUGGCAAUGCAGAAAGAAUUACAGAAAUCAGGAAGGAAACGCAAACUUCGUGAAGAAGAGCUUGUCAACCCAACAACCAAACCUGUCUUCAAGUGGAGGCAAGAACGUAAGCGAUGAGAAUUUCUAUGUUAUAAUACAAGCACGGUUAAGUUUUUUUGGAUGGUCAUAUCAAGAGGUCAGGUGAAAGUUGGUAGCGCAGCUGCCUAGUUGGCUUCAUCACAUAUUGAAGCUCUACUAUAUUUCGAGUUGCUUUUGUUGGGGUGAAAUCUUAGAAUGGAACUCGUGCAUCAUACCCUCUGAGGAACCAGAAGUGGAUGGCUGUUUUUAUGAUGAACCAUAUUGUUGAAUAUGUUAAAAAUUUCUAUAGAAUGUUAAAGAUUAUUUGCAAUUCCAGCUGAUGCUUCAGAGGCUCUGGAUGUGUUUUGUACUGACGAUCAAUUCUUAGAAUGGAAAACAUUUAAACAGUGAAA